CUUAUAAUUUUCAUCUCUCUUUUGGAGAAGUUCUGGGUCAAGUCAACGGCGAUAAUUACGUGUUCCGUGGAAUUGGCCGCAGUAGACUUUGAGUUUGCCGAUGGUUUUUUUGGUGCAGUUGGCCCAACCGUAAUAAUCACUCAAAAUGGAAAGACUCCGCAUGUAUAAAUGAAGUAGAUGACCCUCGCAAGUUUGCACAUGGUGAAGCAGAAGAAACAGAUAAACGCACAAAACACCAUUAUAAACAUGAAGUGUCUGUUAUUGUGUAUGUGGACUUGGGUGCUGUUGGUAUUGAUGGGAAGUGGAAGAAGCAUGGGGUGCUUGGAAGAAGAGAGGAAUGCACUGCUCAUGAUUAAGGCCGCCUUCAACCACCCAAAUGGGUCUUCUCUUCCGUCGUGGCGCGAUGGCAAUGGUGACUGUUGCGGCUGGGAACACGUGGACUGCGAUAACACCAUUUCGCGAGUGAGUGGACUAUAUCUGAACUGGACACGCCCAAAUGAAUUUGGAGAGCAAUUUGGGGAAUUGCCUAGGCUGGUUAUUGACGCGUCUCUAUUCCUUCCCCUGGAGGAACUUCAAGUGUUGGAUUUAAGUGGGAAUUCUCUCUCGGAUUUAAAGGGAACGCUACACCUGAGAAAAUUGAAGAGGCUAGAUCUAUCUAACAAUUAUCUACAACGAGUCCCUUCACUGUACAAGCAAACUUCAGUGGAGGCCCAAAAUUUAUCUUCCAAUCAGCUUGAAGGUGUGAAUCUGGAGGCGUUGGAUCUUUUUAGUAACAAUUUGGUGAAUGAUGCCCUCGUGGACAUUGCGAGGAUAACAUCUCUUAAGGCCUUAGACAUCAGUUAUUGUGGACUGAAUGCUUUGAAGUUAUUGGAAGGCUUGUGUGGAUUGAGGAACCUUGAAGAGUUGGAUAUCCGUGCUAAUGGAUUUUGGGGUCCUCUUCCUUCAUGCUUCAGCAAUAUGACCACACUCCAUGCGCUUGAUGUUCGUUAUAACAAUUUUAGUGGGGCCAUUCCUUCGUCUCUCCUCUAUAAUCUCAAGUCACUUGAAUAUAUUGCGUUAUCUGGAAAUGUAUUUGAAGGCUCACUUUCACUUGCUUCCUUGGCUAAUAAUUAUAACCUUGAGGAAUUCCUCCUCAUGGACAACCAUAAUAGUUUGGUAGUAAAUACAGAAGAGCCCACUUGGUUUCCUUCAUUUCAACUUAAGGUGUUUAGUUUAUCAAACUGUGUGCUCAACAAAGACGCAAGUGGCGUAAUUCCCAGCUUUCUGAAAGAACAGCAUGAAUUGACACAUGUUCAACUCAGCCACAAUGGAAUGACAGGAAACUUUCCAAAUUGGCUAUUGGACAACAAUGUAAAUCUAGAACAGUUCGUACUCAGAGGCAACAAUCUGUCAGGUUCAUUUUAUCUGCCUUCCAAUUUGAAUCUUUUCAGCUUAUGGAGUUUCGAUGUGUCUGCUAAUUUUAUUGAAGGAGAGCUUCCAUCUCAUAUUGGUUCUAUCCUCCCGAACAUUGGCUAUUUGAAUCUGUCAAACAACAAUUUGAAAGGUGGAAUCCCUUCCUCAAUGGGCAAUAUGCACUCGUUGUCCACAUUGGACUUGUCGAAUAAUGGCUUCACAGGAGAAAUACCAGAGACAUUGGCUAAAAAUUGUUCGCAACUUGUGGUAUUGAAACUGUCAGGCAACAAUUUGCAAGGCCAAAUGCUACCGAGGUAUUCUAACUUGACAGGCUUGAAAUUUUUGUAUUUGGACGGCAAUCGUUUUACAGGGGACAUAUCGCCUGGUAUAUUAAAUAUCUCCUUCUUGCAAGUUUUAGAUGUAAGUAAUAAUUCCCUAUCUGGAACACUUCCCAAUUGGAUUGGAGAUAUUCAAUACUUGAGAGUGCUUAUACUGUCAAGUAAUUUAUUGGGAGGUCCUUUACCGUUGAGCUUAUGCAACUUAUGGUAUCUCAAUCUUUUAGACCUUUCAAGUAACAACCUUGGGCCAAAUAUACCCCCUUGUGUCAAUGUCACAGUUACGAGGUUCUUGCAUUUAGCAAAUGACACGCUUGUUGGGCCUUUUCCUGAGUUUCUGUCAGGAGCUUCAUCGAUUGUCACGUUGGAUCUGAGAGAUAAUGUAUUGUCAGGUGAGGUCCCCAGCUGGAUCGGUUCACUUCGGAACUUGAAGUUUCUUCUACUACGAGGAAACAAUUUUGAAGGUUCAAUCCCUCUGAAUCUAUGUCUGUUGAAAAAUAUGAGCAUAUUGGAUCUUUCCAAUAAUAAUCUUUCUGGAACAAUUCCUUCUUGUUUGAAAGAUUUGACAUUUGGAAACACUGUGUUAUCUACGGAGGCAUUUGCUACCUCGUUCCUUCAUAUGCAUUACGGUGUCUUAGACUAUAAUGGCAGAUUCGGUUUAUAUUAUUCGUAUGAUUACAUAUCUGCUUAUACAGAGAGAUUCGAAGAAGUACACUUCAUGACAAAGAGUAGGUUGGAAUCUUAUAAGGGCAACAUUCUAAAACUCAUGUCGGGAAUGGAUCUCUCACAGAACAAUUUGACUGGCUUUAUUCCUCCAAAGGUCGGCUACUUAAGUGAACUUCGAGCAUUGAACUUGUCACACAAUCAUUUGAAGGGAACGGUCCCGGAAACAUUUUCCAAGUUAAAGAACAUAGAGAGCUUGGACCUGUCCUUCAACAACUUAACCGGUCCCAUCCCUCCACAACUAAUAGAGCUUUACAUACUGUCAUAUUUUAGUGUGGCUCACAACAACUUGUCAGGCAAGAUACCAGAUCGAAAAAAUCAAUUUGGAACUUUUGGUGAAGCAAGUUAUGAAGGUAACCCUCUUCUUUGUGGAGCACCAUUAACCAGCUGUGAUGACUCCGAUCAGGAACAGGGGACACAACCACCUUUUAAUCAUACCAGGGAGGAUGACUCUUAUAGAGAAGCCUUCUUGUGGAGUUUUGUAGGAUCAUAUGUGGUGGCAUUCCUUGGGGUAGUUCUUUUUCUUUGCCUAAACUCAUACUAUCAGUGUGUGCUGUUCGAGCUUGUUCGUAAGCUUAUCCCAUCGUUUCCCCAUUAGAUAUUGUUCUUCUAAUUAUUUUGUGAUUGAAAAAUAU